AUGGAAGCAUUGGAUGGCAACCAGUCUAGCAGCAGCGAUAGUGACUCAAGUGAUGAGAUCUGGACUCCUUCUAAAUCCAACUCCGCAUCAGAACACGAUGACAAACAACCAGCUAUCCAGUCAGAAGCAAACCAAUUGGCCGACAUUGAUGUGAUAAAGAAAAUUAUCAAAGGAGAAAACUCAAAAAGAGAAAAAUGUGAAAAAAGUAAAAAAAAGAAGAAAGAAAAAUGUGUCGAAAAGAAAUCAACUGAUAGCUCUAGGCGUAAGGUAUCUUGCCCUUUACUAGCAUGCAAAGCGAAAGUGGUCCAUUUACCUCGUCAUAUGCGAAACGUCCACAAGUGGACUAGUGAAGCGGCAUCAAAAGUGCUCCUUAAAUUUAACAUUAGAAAAAAGAAAAAUAAAAGAAAGAAGGAAAAGGGUGACGAUGAUGAAAAAUCUUCGAAAAAGGCUAAGCAUAAGGACUACCACCGCCGGCGCCGGUGCCCAAUAAAUGAUUGCCACACAAUUGUGUUUCGGCUUUCAGCACACCUGCAAAAAGUCCAUAAACUGGACAGGUCGUCAAAAGAGUAUUGUGAUGCUUUGGCUAGUGCUACAGUGGUACCAGACAUCAAGCACCCCAAAAUACGAUACAAGGAAUUGCAUUAUCAACAUUCGCAGAUGGGGGAAUCAUUUGAUGAAGCCAGUCUUACUUCAUGUUCUGCUAGGUCUGAGGAUGAUGAAGAGAGAAACGAUGAAGAGCAAAUACAUGAAGUGUUACACACGUCCAAUAGUCAUCCUCUUGUUGCAGAAUUUGAAGAGUGGAUGAGUUCUCCAGAUGGAGGUAAAAGGGAUGACAAGACUGUAAAGCAACAUGCCGCCCAGCUUUUGAAGCUGUUAACAGUCCUUGGUCAACCAGAUGAUGUGGCUUCCCUACUGGAUGUGAAACUCAUCCAGUCUGUGUUUCUUAAUGGGUAUGUGAAGGACAAAGAAUUCCAACCAGGGACCAUUAAGUCCUAUUUAAUGAGCCUACGUCAUUACUACACCUUCCUCCUGUCGCACAGGCCAGAUGGGGUGGAAUUCCAUGCCGAAGACGUGAGAUCAGCAAGGGAAAAGAUCCAAAUGUGGUCAAAAUCUUACAAGAAAGAAGCGUGCACACGUCGAUUGGAGAAGCAGGAAGAAGAUCUCAGUCACAUUCUCACUCCUGAGAAUAUCUGCUUGUUCGAGAAGAGUGAAGCUGCACGCUUGGCCAUCAAGAUCCUUGGGGAACAGUCGAAUACCACAGAAGCUGUUCUCGUGACUCAAAACUCUUACACACUUGUAAGAGAUUUUCUGUUCACGCAAAUUUUUAUAGACAAUGCAAACCGUCCUGGUGUGUUGACCUACAUGACUAUUAGUGAAUACCAGAACAUGCGAACCCAAGAUGAUGAUCGUGUGAUUGUAGUCAAGAACCACAAGACCAGGCAUGUACAUGGUCCAGCUUACAUUGUUUUAAGCAAAAAAUUAGAGGCUUGGCUGUCAAUUUUUGUGGAGAGAAUGAGGCCCCAAGUUACGACAUCCACCAGUGGCUAUUUAUUCUUGUCAUGGAAUGGGAAGAGGAUGUCUUCUAGCCAGAUAAACAAGGCUGUGCAGUCGGUGUUUAAGAAAGCUGGCGUUAAGGGAAAGGUAACAACCACUUCAUUCCGCAAGUCGGCAGUUACAAACAUGCACCAGAAGAAUCCAGAAUUCAGUGAGAAGUUGGCAAAACUUAUGGCUCACAACGAAUCAACUGCAAAAAAACAUUACCUUUUGUCUAAAAAGGCACAGGAUUCGGUAGAGGCAUCCAAAAAGCUUGGCGCAGUGAUGCGAAAUCAGCCAUCAAGUUUGGCAGAUUGUGAUGGUGAGGCUACCUGCACCAAGCCUGACAAUGAGAGCACAGGGGAAGACGGAGGGCCAUCUGAUGUAUGUGGCAGAAAAAGAGUUGCCUGGACUGCUGACGACCUGCUAAUGUUAGAAAAACAUUUCGGCAAUGAAAUUAGCACGAGAAGCAUCACACUCGACCAGGUUCGUACAAAAGUGGAAGAAAAUGAUGAGCUUCAAAACAUGUCCCCUAGGCGUGUAUAUGACAGACUCAAAAAACAUAUUACCAAAAUAAAUGAGCCAAAUGUCAUUGCCGAGUUGCCAGAAGAAAGUGAAUCUCUGGAUGACAAGCUUGCAAGAAUGGCGGGUACCACUUCAAGUGAACCAAGUGUCAAUGAUGAAUCAUCUGUUGGGAUUGUCCCACCUACAGAAAAAUCUGGCAGUGUGCUUUCGGAAUGGGACAUACAAACAAUUAAUAAAAUGUUUGAUGAUAUGGUGAAAAAUAAACCAGUUUCUAAAGUUGAAAUCAAGAAACGCUGCUCCUCCAGUCAAGAGGGACAGAAACUUUUGAAGCAUUUGAGCGUUUUCCAAAUAAUAAACCGCAUCAAAUAUGCCAAAAGAAAGUUUCGUGAAAAUCCACAAAAGUGA